AUGAAUUUCUCCACGCCCCAGUCCUUCAAUUGCGCUAACAAUAGAGUAAACAGAGACUCAUCUGUUUAUGACGUUACGCCCACCAAGCCUCUCAGUCUUUCAAAAUCGCCACAUGAAGAGCAGCUGCGCUCUGAGUCCAACUACUUCCACCGAUCCUCGACAUCAAUGGCGACAUCCAAUUCAAACGCAUCGUUCACAACUGCAAAUUCUAGCGAGAAGCUCUUAAAGGAUUACGGAUUAUCUACAAACUUUGAUUUCCAGGAAGAAGGAAGCCAGAUAUCGGAGUCUACAAGCGAGCAAACACCUAUCGUGGCGCCAACCGUGACAUUCGAUAACCCUACUCCACUUAUCGAUGGUUUUGGACAAGAGGGUGAGAGUGAACCACAGUCACCUGAUAGUUUUAAUUUCGUGGAACGUUUUUCUGAAAACCAGCCAGGUCAGCAUUCCACAACUGGGCUUGGGAUUUCAAUAGCCAAUAGUAGUACAGAAGAGAAUAUUAGAAUUGAUUCUUUUCGCAACAGUUCUGGUCUAGAAAGAAAUGCGGAGCUAAAGCGCCUCUCGGUUCUCGAGCCCACCGUCUCGCCGCCACAGUCUUCUGAGAAGAUCUCUAAAAAACUGGAGCGUAAGAGCAUACACGAAGCUUACACCAAACAACCGUUCCACCUUCCAGAUAGUGAUAGAAACACUAGCAUUGAUCUUGAUGACACUAUUAAUACGAAGGCGGAGAGUAACACAUUCCAAGACUCUACCCUUUCUCAUGAUUAUACAUACGAAAAUGAUCUGAUACAAAAAAGUCCCGAACAUCACGCUGUUGAGCGAAAGCACACUUUCAAAAGAAGCUCUGAGUUAGACCUUGAUAGCACAAGCUUGGCUUAUCUCUUCAUAAUUGCUAUACACUCGUUCAAUUCUCAAUCACUCAAGAACGAGGAAGACAUAGCGAUUUGCCUUUCCUUCGAAAAAAAUGAUAUUGCAUUUGUUCACACUGUCGAUGACUCGGGAUGGGGUGAGGUGACACUUGUCCGAAAUCAAAAAAGAGGUUGGGUACCGUUUAACUAUUUUUCUGAUACUGUCAAAGCCCCGCAAGGCUUAAAAGAAGGACAGGACCCAAACUUAGAUUCCAGAAGGCCUCUGGCAAAACUAUUUUCAUCUUCUGCACAAUUUUUACUUCAUCCUCAGGAUCAUCCGCUGCCUGCCGGACCAGGCAUGACUUUUUCACUUGAAUAUAUCAACAGCAUACGAGACGGGGUCAAGUUUCUGCUUCAGACAACUGACUGCGUUUCUCGAUCUAACGAAUUAGUCCAGAAUAGACCAAUCGUGAAAAAAGCAAGGAAGCUUCUUCUUGCUGACUGGUAUAACCUGAUGAUCAAGGCAGAUUCUUACAAAUAUACUACAAUACCGAACAAGAUAGAUACUCUGAAAAAUCUCGUAUUUCAAGUUUUGAGGCGAGGAUAUGCAUUCUACAAUACUUGGAAUUUCGAAAAACAGACUUUUAUUAGAGAGAAGGAAUUUGGUUUGAUAGAGCCUCUUGAGAAAGCGCCAGUCUCUUCUUAUCAUGAACCCAAGAGCUCACAAACUGAAAAGUUGAAACGCGUUAAUGCUGCAUCGCAAGGUUUCGCGAUGUUACCUGAAGCGCCUUUCGCAGUAGCGAGACUGAACGAAGUUCAUGAUUUGCUAUUUUCGUAUAUUGGGUUGAUACUGGGUCGCCUGGACAUGGUUGAACAUAAUCCUGCUGCGUGUGAGGUCCUCGAAUCCGUUGUUCAUCAGAUAAUUGUGCUUUUAAGAGAGCUGCUUUAUAUUAGCAAGUGCUGUUCAUCAAUCAUCCAGUCGCGCUUCAAAAACACUCAGCGAAACGAGACAACACUUGAUCAAAGCCUUGACCCUCUUUUAUCUCUAGUCUCAGAACUAGUCUCUUGCAUCAAAAUCUUUGUGACACAAACUAUGGGUGAAAACCUGGACAUCGUCAAUUCUAGUUCAGAUGCGGUUUCUAUCAAAGACGAAGAAUAUCUAUACACUGAGGAAGGGAAGCGCCUUAUUACAAUAACAUCGAGGAUGACUGGGUUAAUUGCCACUUCAAUUCAAGGGUGCCAUCGAUAUCUGAAUCUGAUUGGGGACUUCUGCUUGGGUGAGGAAAGGUCCUACCCAGAUUUUGAGUCUUCCAAAAUUACGCCCGAGGGCUUUGUUAAGAGGUGCUCCAUUGGGCUCAGCAAGAAGUUCUCUAGUGCUCCGUCAAACAAGCCAGUGCCAUCACAAACUCCCAAACAAGGACUAAGGCAUCCUUACUUCAAAAAAGUUUAUCGUUAUUCCACUAUUCGGUCCGGGGACAAUGCAAUGAGUUUAUCCACAUACGGCUCACAAUUUCUUCAAGAUAUUGUGCCGGAUUCUACACCCUUGUUUGACAACUCCUCUUUUGAUAAAUAUAGAAUCGAAGAAGAUAGCUCAAGCGCGGAUCUGCAAAGAGAAGCUAUCAACAAUAGAGAGAAAAUGCAAGAUGAAAUACAAUUUGACGAUGAGCGCAAACUCAUCGGUGCGUCACAACGUGCUCUGGUUUUCCUUUUAACUGACGAAUUAAAUCAGCCAGGAGAAUUUCUAGUUUCGACCUUUCUAUUGAACUUCAGAUCUUUUUCCAGCACCAUUGAGUUGAUUGACGCCCUCAUUACAAGGUUUGAUAUAACUGAUAAGUCUUCCAAAUUUGAAAGAGGUUUAAACAAUGGACAAUACUCGUCUCGCUCGUCGAGGCUUAGGAACAGGCGGCGCUUAGUUUGCAGAAUUUUCCAGGUAUGGAUGGAGAGUUAUUGGGACUAUCAGGGUGAUUAUGGGACUUUGGCUACUAUAGCCAACUUUUUCAAUGAAGGGGUUUCAAUUCACUUACCACUGGAAGCCCGAAACCUUCUUGAAAUUGUCGCUCAGGUCGCAGAUAGGUGGAUGGUUUCCAGGAAAGAAAGCCUUCCCUUUUCUUCGCAAAUUGUCCAACAACCGAUCAGUAUUCCAAGCAGAAGCUCUAUGAUAUCGAUUGAAACAUCUUCUUCUAGUAAAAGGUCAACAAUUAUUUCUGUGGAUGAAAAUAUAAUGGAAAGUUACGAGCUCACAAAGCUUCCCUCGGCACAUACGAGUUCAAUUUCGAUCCCUCUACCGCCACUAAAUGUUGGAACGUCGUCCCUUCUCAGUAAAAGAAACCUGAACGAUAUCGAAAGAAUAUUGAAACAUUACCAUUCAUUAACAAGUAGAACCAUUUUAGGAUCGAGCUCAAAUGAGCUGCGAGACAAUUGUGACUUAGAAAACAUGAUACAAAAAUGGUCGUCCCUCGUGAACGCUUCUGGCACAUUUGAUAAGUCCUCUAGCUUAAUCCAUAAUGAUCUUAAUCUCGUGGAACUUAACCCCCUAGAGGUUGCUAAACAACUUUCCUUGAUUGAAUCGGCUCUAUUCCUGGCAGUAAGGCCAACAGAGUUGUUGAAUCAAAACUUCAUCCCCAAGAAAAAGCAUCUAGCUGCCUCUCCUGAUGUAGAGCGGAUUGUUGAUUUCACAAACCUCUUAUCCAAUUACAUCAUAGAAUCUAUCGUUGUUCCAAAAAUUUCAAUUAAAUCUCGUGUGAAGAGGCUGACGACUUGGUUGAACAUCGCACUUUCUGCUUUGUACUUCAGAAAUUUUAACUCCCUUGCGACUAUAAUGACAGCUUUACAAAGCCAUAUAUUAAGCCGCUUAUCGACGCUGUGGGAUAAUGUGAGCGAAAAGUACCUCGAUCUGUACCAUUAUCUUUCUAAGAUCGUGCAUCCAAAUAAAAAUUACAACAUCUACAGAACAAAGCUGCAUAAACUGGCUACAGGGUUCUCGCCUACUGAGAACUCGUUUGGAAAAUCCCAGGUCGCGACUGUUCCUUUUUUUGCCUUGUUUCUGCAAGACCUGACAUUCAUUCACGAAGGAAUAAACGACUUUCGAGACCCCUCAUCUUUUCGCCCCAAUAGGUUAAUCAAUCUUGACAAAUACUUUAGAAUCACGAAGAUAAUUUCACUGAUGCAGUUUUUUCAGAUUGGUUAUGAUACAGAUGAAAAGCCGAACUUUUUGGGCAGCAAAAGGGACUCGUUGUUCAACUUCACUGGGAACACCAGCGUUGACACAACUAGGAUAAAACCUGUUCCUGUGUUGCAAGAGUUUAUUUUCUGCGAAUUUUGGAGGGUCAACACUCUCUAUGGUGCAGAUGCAGAUAGAGGCUACAAGAUGAGCCUCGCAUUAGCCCCUAGGAGCGAACUUUGA